AUGAGCUGUGAGGUGGCACUGUUGUCCUCGUUUGUAUUCUGUUUUAUAUUCUCUCACAAUAUGGACUUUUCCAAAUUCUCUGAUGAUAACUUUGAUGUUAAAGAGUGGGUGAACUCGGCGCUAAGAAUCCGUGAUGAUCGAACGCCUAUUGACGCUCAUGCAUCAAACUUGGUCAUGAAGUUGCAGUUAUUUAUACAGGAGGUUAAUAAUGCUUUAGAGGAAACCAGCACUCAAUCAGUGAAUAAUAUUCCACGAGUUCUAAGGGAGAUAGAGAACAUUCGUCAUGAUGCUUCCCUUCUGAAGGAACAAAUGAAUCUUGUAAAGGAGGACAUUAGAGUGGUGGAGGAAAAUACAGCUCAAUCUAUGAAGAUGCUGAUGGAGAUUGAUACAGUUAAAUCAAGAAUGCAGGAUGCAUCAAGAGCUCUUAAGGAAGCAGAUAACUGGACAGUACUGUCGUCUGAUGUGGAUAAAGUUUUUGAAUCUGGGGAUGUUAGUGCUAUAGCAGCAAAACUGGAAGGAAUGCACAAAAGUUUAACUGUCCUACAAGAUGUCCCAGACUAUGCACAGAGACGUAGACGACUUGAAGGGCUUAAAAACAGAUUGGAGGCACUCCUGAGUCCUAAGAUUGUGGCUGCAUUCAAUAAUCAUUCUCUUGAUGACACUAAAGAAUAUGUCAAAAUAUUUACAAACAUUGAAAGACUGGACCAGCUUCAAAGUUAUUACAUUAGGUGUCAUAAGACAAAAUUGCAAAAGACUUGGAAUGAAGUGCGUGUUGAGGAUCCAAACAGGUCAAUGCUGGAGUGGCUUUCAACAUUCUAUGAUGUUAUCCUUUCAACCUGGCAUACAGAGGUGACUUGGUGUGGUCAAGUUUUUGUUGAGCCUGGAACUGUACUGUGCACACUCAUUAGUCAAACACUAGCUCAUUUAGACCCAUCGUUGUCAUCAUGCAUCACAGAGUUUAUAAAGAAUGAGUCAAACAUCAUUGCAAAGUUGAUUGAGUUGCGACAGGUCACUUUACGAUUUGGUCAUGGCUUAGAAAAGGCAGUCUCACUACAGCAAGACAAAUGCAGCACCCAUGCAGCAAAUCAACUGGUUGAUGUGGUAUACUCUCCUUAUAUUCCUUACCUGUUGGAUUAUCCAACAUUACAGCAGACCUUCCUUGUGGAGCAAUUACAAGCAACACGGCUGCAGGGUGAUGGGUUUAUGGAAACGGCUGGUUUUAUGGCUGAAUCUGUUGAGAAAAUAUUUCACCUGGCUGAACAGGCUGUUGAGUAUUGCACUGAUCUUACUGAUGGUUAUGCUGUCCGUGGUCUAUGCCAUGUUUUAGAGGAGUUCUUUGGGGCAUAUACUGGACGAAUGGAUGAAUGUGUUUCAAUUCUAAGAAAAGAAUGUUCCUUAGAUGUUGAUCCUAAAGUGGAUGCCACAUCCAAUGAGGGAAUCAGUGAGGACUGGACAAUGUUUCAAAAUGCAUUUCGUCUAAUUCAGAUUUGUGGUGAUUUGCUGAUAAAAAUUGAAAACUUGGACAAAAGAUUACUUGCAUCAAUUCUCAGUACUGUGCAAGAUUCUGACAGCAAAGUUGAUGAUGCUAUUGGUGAAAAGACUGCUGCUCCACAGAGACCAUUUCAGUGGUACAAUUAUUUGCAACAGGAGAGGCCCAUUGAAUAUAGUACUUUCAAUGAAUUUAUCCAAAAGCUUCAUUCAGCCGGUGACUCGGCCACUGUCCUUUCAUCCGUUUCUGAUCAAUUUCAAGCUUUGAAUGAGCGAGUGCACAGUUUUGCUUUUGACAUUGUUUUCAUCCAAAUAAAACAACAGCUUGGGCGGACACCUAAACUGGAGGUUUGGUCUGCCAAGUCCCCUGAAUCUGGGGCUGCACUGAGUGAUGAGCUUCCCGCGUUCAGUUUAUCUCCGCUAGGAUACAUUACUCACAUUGGAGAUUACCUCCUCACUCUUCCUCAGCAACUAGAGCCGUUCAUAACACAAGAAAACCCCGCUCUGGAAACUGCCAUGAAGGCGGGAAAUCUUCCAUUCCCGGAUCUUCAAGCUGCAUAUGAAGAUGAACAUCAUCCUGGGACCUUCUGGUUGGGAUCUAUUGCUCGUGGCACCAUGCACGCUUACACAGAGAGUAUCCUGAAAAUCCAUGAGCUGACACCAUACUCCACUCAACAGCUAUUGGCUGAUAUAGAUUACUUCUGCAACGUAUUGGAAGCUUUAGAAGUAACACCAAGUCAAACUCUGACGCACAUUAAUGAGUUACUCAAAGCAACUAGUGACAAGUUUCACGAGGUUGCUCAUGAACUGGGUGUGGAGGAUCGAAUCACCAUGGCAAUAGCUGGAAUAAGAAGCAUCCACUGAUUGCAAUCCUGGCAUUUAUACCCAGCAAUCGGCGAGAUUGUACCUCGAUGAAAGAUUAUAAUCUAUUUACACUCUAUAAGGAAAUGUGUAGCAGCCAGAAGAGAAAAUCACGCCUCAGAGCUAAAAUGCCAAGAUCAAUUUGUAACAGGAUCACCCUUAGAGACACUUGUAAUUAUAAAGGCAGAGAGGGGAAUGAGGAGAGAUUAUGAAAGAGGAAUGUUUUUAUCGUCCUCAAAAAUCACGACUUACUGAACAGCCUAUGUUAAAUAAUUCGAUAGCAAAUGAAUAGGGAGGAAAUUUUAUUUAUUGAAAACCACGUAGAAAGUUUUGGAACCGUAUGUGAAAAAUUAAAAAAAUAAAAG